CGGCCCAGAACCACCCCCGUGCAAAUUUCAGUUCGUUGAGGCAAUAAAGCAAACAGAAGAGUAUCUUAAAAUUACACUCCCUACAGAAUCAGAAACAUCUAAGAAGAAAGCUAAAAUUGGCAAUAAGCUCCAGCAGUUUAGUUUCUGUUAUCUAAGACUAGAUCUGAAACUUCAAUCUGAUUCAAUGGUAAGUUUGAAAUAAUUAUAGUGGGUUGUGGAUUGAGAAAUUUAUGUGGGACAUUACGGGGUUGGGAUCAUUCUUGUCGUAUGUAAGGCAAUGAUGUUUUCAAGGACAUCAUUUCGUGGAACAAGUAAGAUAAGUAUAUUUUCAGGAUAUAUUUUCAGGGCUAACAACAAAGAAACAUCUCAUAUCAAAAGGCAAGGCAUUCCAGUCAAAAGAGGUAGUAACACUUUCGCGUCAUAUGAUCAUAUACUUGUGGAGAAAAGGCGUGUUAAGUCUUAGAAUACCAUAGACAUGUGAGUGUUGGCUGUUAAAAUAAGCCUUGUUAUAAGAUACAUGGACUACAACAUGUAAGUAUCAGUAUGUCAAGACGGGUACUUAAGGUACAUUACUUUCUCUUCUCUACAAAUUUGUUUAUAGCACGUGGUUGUUAAGCAAACUUGCUGACAGUUUUUCAUGUCAGAGACUUACAGUUGUCAACUAUUUUACUCAGACUCGGCAGGGUAAACACAAUUGUAAUUGAAGGAUAAAAUGUGCAACGGCUAUUUGGAUUUAACAGAUUCUUCAGACACUUGACAAACUUAUCUUGGUGAAUCUCCUAAUACAUAGAUAUGAAACAGGAAACAUUGAGAAUAAAUGCCUAACCUUGAUGCUAGUACAUUUGUUAUGAAAUGGAAUUGCUCUAUAGGUUCAAAAUGCAAAGCUUGAGAUCCUCUAUUCUGAAGUAUGUGAGGGUUAGGAUCCCAUUGCAAGUACAGUUUCAAGCUGAAAAUCGGAAUGUGUUAAAUAUACUCAAUUUGCAAAUACGCACUUGCAGCUUUUCUGGUGCCACCAAUCAGGAUGAGAUAAAAGAACGAGUGCUUAACCUGGUGAAGAAAUUUGACAAGAUUGAUGCAACCAAGGUUAAUGAGAGUGCUGAUUUCCAGAAGGAUUUGAGCCUAGACAGCUUAGAUAGAGUGGAACUUGUCAUGGCUUUCGAACAAGAAUUCUCAAUUGAGAUACCUGAUGAAGAAGCAGACAAACUUAAAUGUUGUGCUGAUGUCGCUCAAUAUAUCAUUUCUGGGGCUGAGAAGAAAGACGGGAAGACUUCAUAAGUAAUUUUUUAGUUAGCAUCAUAUCAUCGAAAAAGACAAGGUUUCUUCUGAACAUUUCGCCUGGAUAGUUUGUAUGACAAGCUGUUGAGCCCAAGUAUUACAUCGUCCUCAACUUUCUUCUAGCUCGUCUUUCAGUUUUUGUGGAUCCAUGUGAAUGUUUGCUACAUUUACUCACCACAAUUUAAGUAAUUGAUUCUGCAGUGAA